AUGGCGCCGAAAGUUCCCAAGGAGUUGCCCCAGCUCAAAAAGAGCCCUGUCAAGUCACCCAAGCCCCUCAAGCCCCCCAACUCCCCCAAGAAGAAAGACCCCGCUCUGGUGGAUCCCCAGGUCCUUUUCCUCUGGACCUGCAUUGAAUGCAGGACUGCUGGCAAGGAAGGCGGUUGUUUCGGGAUCGAUUUUGCAGCAGUUGCUGGAAAACUGAAUAUCACCAAUUCCGCCGCUAAUAAGCGUUUCUCGCGUCUGAGAAUAUCCAUGAAGGCAAGGGAGUCAAAGGACGAGCAGUUGAAGGAUGAGGAGUUGAAGGACGAUCUCGACGAUUCGGAGAUGCCUCAAUUUGAGGAGAGCCUUGAGGACUAG